AAAUAAUGUUGAUAUUUAAGCGGAAGGAUGAGGCUUGUUGUGUUAGAGUUACGGGGACGUGUUUUAUUUUGUCUUUGGAUUACGUACUGCUUUCAAGGAUCGACCGAAGCGCAAGAGAAAGAAAGCGGUAUACAUAUCACGUCCAACCUUGUUAGGGUAGUAGGGGGGACGGCCUGGUCGGGAUACGUGGAGUUCUUACACGAUGGGGCCUGGAAGAGACACUGCAAUGAUGUCUGGGGUUUCGAGAGAGCUAGACACUUCUGUCAAGCCUUGGGCUUCAACCAAGAAAAUGCACAGCCUUUCCCAGUGGGGGAAUUUGAAGGAGGGACAUUUGGUUAUACCUGGAAAUUGAACCUUAUAUGUACCAGGAGAGUAUGUGAGGGGUUUCUCCCCUGUGCGUCCAGGGGUGACGCUAAAGUUUCAUGUUAUGGUAAUACAAAUCUCCAAGCACGCCUAGUUGAUUCUAGUAUAUCCGUGAAUGGCCGCAUUGAAUUGAACUUAGAUGGCGAAUGGAUUCCAAUAUGCUAUGAGGGGAACAUGGGACAGGGGGUGAAAAUGAUGGAGAAAGUCGUGUGCCGACAACUAGGGUUUAACCCUAUAACUGCCAGGUCUAGGACCGACUGGCAUCUCGAUCCUAAGGCGACGACAAAAAGAUGGGUGAAAGAUGUCCAGUGUGAAGGGAAAGAGAACAACGUUGCGCAGUGUAAGAUUAAAACAACUGAGGCGACAAGAUGCAGCAAGGAUUACUUCCUCAUCUGUCAAGGUCUGUCCGAGUCGAUAACCAAAGCGAGGCUCCACGAGAUCGAACCACGUGGUGGACCAGUGUCAGUUCUACGAUACAACAAAUGGCAAGCAGUGUGCCCGGAUGGCUGGGACGUAAGAGAGGCUACUGUUUUGUGCCGCACAUUGGGGUUCUUUAAAAGUCUCAACAAGCCAAGACUUUUCACAAAAGAUCAAACACCUUCGAAAAUAAUGUGGUCUUCGUUUCUGACGUGUUUGGGAAUUGAGAGCCAACCGAAUGAAUGCAAGCGUAUACGAAGAGUUCACGAUGACGGGAGUUCAUUCUGUGAGAGUGAUCUAGUAGCAGGUGUAAAUUGUGGAGAGAUGAAGGCGACACCUAUUAGACUUUCAAACAAUCAGUUGGCUUCCGGCACGGUGGAGAUCGAACAUGACAAUCAAUGGGGCUUUGUUUGUAAUAUUGGAUCAAGUAUAAACGUCGCAAAAGUCGUCUGCAAAAUGUUAGGAUUUAGUCCAUUUUUGGCCAGCCUCACAGACAGUGCGACAUCUAUAAGAGGUAGGCCAAAGUACUGGCUUGGUGAUUUGGAGUGCACUGGGGUGGAAGAUGAUUUACAGCAAUGUAUUCACAAAGGUUGGGGCGCGACAGUGUGUCCCUCUGGCGGUGCCCCGCUGACCGUGUCUUGCGUAGUUGAUGGGAACUGGGGAGAGUGGGGGCCGUUUUCCCUAUGUACUCUAUCCUGUGGCGGAGGGACACAAUUCCGCACUCGACAGUGUAACAACCCAGCACCAUCCGCCAUGGGGUCUCCCUGCAGAGGACCAAGCACAGAGUCGGCAAGCUGCAACACAAGGAUUUGUCCAGUUCACGGAAACUGGGGAGGCUGGUCAUUUUGGACUGAGUGUUCGGAAACGUGUGAUGGAGGAGAACGUCACAUGACUAGGUCAUGUGACAGCCCGGCCCCUGCAUUCGGCGGUGACCCGUGUGAAGGCCCGGAUGUAAUUGUUGAAGAAUGCAACACUGGAACUUGCCCAGACCUGUGCCCGCCAGAUAUGAGGCUGAUGAACUACGUGAAAACUCAGAGCAGGAAUACGAGGGGAGAUGGAUGGACAUGCGCGUGUAAGAUACAAUGCCAUGAACAUUACCGUAAGUUUUAUGUUCUUAUAAGGGGUAAGGAAGGGGAUAAAGGAAUACGAGGGGAGAUGGAUGGACAUGCGCGUGUAAGAUACAAUGCCAUGAACAUUGCCGGUAAGGAAGGGGAUAAAGGAAUACGAGGGGAGAUGGAUGGACAUGCGCGUGUAAGAUACAAUGCCAUGAACAUUGCCGGUAAGGAAGGGGAUAAAGGAAUACGAGGGGAGAUGGAUGGACAUGCGCGUGUAAGAUACAAUGCCAUGAACAUUGCCGGUAAGGAAGGGGAUAAAGGAAUACGAGGGGAGAUGGAUGGGCAUGCGCGUGUAAGAUACAAUGCCAGGAACAUUGCCCGCUGGAUGGAGGUUGGGGUCCUUGGGGAAGUUACAGCGAAUGUUCCAGAAAGUGUGGCGAGGGUCACAUGACACGAACCCGACAAUGCGACAAUCCGCCGACACAAAGAAACGGGCGCCCAUGUCGGGGUACCUCUUCACAAUCCGCCAUAUGCACUGGGACUGAGUGUGAACUUUAGUGUGGUUUAUUGUCUUGUUACACAAAUUGGAGAAAAUCUGGACGUGUAAUAUUCUGACCCAAGGGAUACUCUUAUUUUCCCAUCUGGUUAAUGAACACUCUACCUUGCAUUUGGUGUUCAUGAGCAACCCAUUUGGCUUAUUAGUAAUGAUUAUGUUAUUUGUUUUUAUGUGUCUGUUCCUUAUGAAUGGUUUAUCUGAUGACAUUAGAUGUUAAUAAGGUAAUUUCAAAAAUAUACUAAA